GGGAAGCGAACCGAACCGAACCGAUCCGAACCGAACCGAACCGCGAUGAACUCGCUGUCCAUCUGCGGCGGAUUUGAGGGGUUAACUAGAGCUGUUCCUCGCCUGUAACUUCCCCAACCCUAAAGCCACAGAGACACAGAGAUCAAUGGCGGGCGAGAACAAGCCCAAAUCCAAUUCCAACGACAACAACUACAGUAAGGGGAAGAAGAGGAAGUAUCUUCCGCAUGGGAAACCGGUGAAGAAGGGAUUGCAUCCGCUGCGUCCCGGCGUACAGGGGGUUUUCCUUACUUGCGAUGGAGGGAGGGAGCGCCAGGCGACCAAUGAAGCGCUUAAUCUCCUAGAAACCUACUAUGAAGAGCUAGUGCAUGGGAAAAAGUCAGUUGUUAAAUGUGGUGCUGUUCCUAGUAAACCAUUGAAUAAAAUAAUUAAAUUCAGGGAUUCUGAUUCUUCUAGUGAUGAAGAUGAGGAUAGUCCUCAUGUAGAUGAGUCAGAUGCUUCCCUACGAGAUCAUGGGGACCUACAAACAAAGAAGGUGAAAGAAGAUGCCUCUCCUAGUCAUGAAAAGGAACCAGAAAUGCAGAAACCUGCAGAAGAAAGUGAGGACUUACCGUCAAAGAAACAACGUGUCAAUACAUGUGCAGCUAAAAUGGAAAAUGUAGAAAGUACUAAAACUGAUGAUAAACCUAUUGAUGAGUUAAUUGAAGAUGAACUCAGAGAGCUAGGAGACAGGAACAAGGUUGGUUUCCAUUGUGAAUAGUGCAUUUAUCUCUGC